UGCACAACCGAGACGAGAGCGCGCGUAGAGGCGGUCCGGCUGCUUCAGUUUCUGUAAUCGCUUUUUUUCUGCUACCUUCAGUUAAAUAGCGACGAGACGAGAACGAGCGGACGGCCCGACUCUGACUACACGGUAUCAUCCAGGAAAAGCGAAUCGGGACGCCACAUCGACGGCCGCUCGGCAGGGCCAAGAUGUCUAGUGAGGUGCAGAGACCAGAUGAUAGCCCCAGCACCAGCGGAGGGAGUUCAGAUAUCGAGCAGCGGGAGACGGCACCUCCUCAGCAGGAGCGCGAUCUGGUUGCGCCCAAGAAGAAGGAGACCAAGAUCUCCAGUAAAACGGCAGCCAAACUCUCCACCAGUGCCAAGAGGAUUCAGAAGGAGCUUGCAGAAAUCACACUUGACCCUCCACCGAACUGCAGCGCCGGUCCCAAAGGAGACAACAUCUAUGAAUGGAGGUCAACUAUUUUAGGACCACCGGGCUCUGUGUAUGAAGGAGGGGUCUUUUUCCUUGACAUUGCAUUUACACCUGACUACCCAUUUAAGCCACCCAAGGUAACGUUCCGUACAAGGAUCUACCACUGUAACAUCAACAGUCAGGGUGUGAUUUGUCUGGACAUCCUGAAGGACAACUGGAGUCCUGCCCUCACCAUCUCCAAGGUGCUGCUGUCCAUCUGCUCUCUACUCACAGACUGUAACCCAGCUGAUCCUCUGGUUGGGAGCAUCGCCACACAGUACUUGACCAACAGAACGGAACAUGACAGAAUAGCUAAACAGUGGACGAAGAGAUACGCCACAUAAACCGGGCCGUACAGUAUCGCCCCCCCUCCUCGACACAAACACACACUAUAUCCCCCCUCAGCCCUACUGUGCCUCUACCUCUCCCCGUCUGCUGAAAGCACACUCACCAAGUGCAACAAUAGAUCUGGCCCCUCUUCCUUCCAACUUCCUGUAGACCUUUCUGUGAAGAAAACUGUCCUUUGUUCCUUGUUGACUUGAAAGCUUCUUUUUAUACAAAGAGUAGAUUGGGACUUUAUUUUCCAAUUAUCUGAAUGUUUGAAUUACCUUACUGUAGGUGAAAAGGAAUACUAUUGUUAUUAUUAUUAUUAUUAUUAUUAUUAUUAUUGUCCUUCAACUUAAUGUAUGUAUAUCCUUUCUUUUAAAGUGGCAUCAGGAACAAAUACAGCUUAUGAACUACUUUUGUUUUUUCUCAUCACCAUAUAGUGUAUUUCUUCUUCUUUUUUCUUUCUCUCUAUCUCCUAUCUUUCCUUUUGUUAGAAGUCAGUAAAAAUUUCCAUGCAUGUAACCGGAUGUCGAAUCGCAUCCAUCCAACUCCAAACUCUACCCUCUUGUUUUGUUUGUAUGUAUUUUUUAAACUCAAAGUCAUGGCAGCCACUUGACGAUAGGCUUGCUUGUGAAUUUAAAAAAAUGAAAAGAAAAAAAAACAAAAAAACAAUGUGUACAUAUUGCUACAUGCCACCUCUGGCCAGAAUGGACUGUUGUGCACUUGCUUCAUGAAAAACACCAUAAAUAAACACUGUGGCUGAAUUGUCA